AUGGCGGCCAAGCGGUCGGCCCCACCAGCGCCCGGCUCUUCCUCGCCUCCGUCCCUCCCCCCCGCGCCGCCCCUUUCCCCACCCUCCCGGCCGCCUCCUCCCUCCUCCCCGGGGAGGGGAGCGGCAGCGGCUGCCCGGGCUGAGCCGGGCUCGUGUGCUCUCUCUCGGCAGGAGUCCGGGAAGAUGGCCGGAGCCGAGGCAGGGAUGAGCGGCGCCGGGAUCCAGCAGCAGCCCCAGCAGCAGCCCCAGCACCCGGCGGCGGCGGCGGCGGACGAGUCGUCGGACAGCGAAGGGGAGCACGAGGGCCCCCAGAAACUCAUCCGGAAAGUGUCCACCUCGGGCCAGAUCCGCAGCAAGACAAGUAUAAAAGAAGGAUUACUACUGAAGCAAACCAGUUCUUUUCAGAGGUGGAAAAAGCGUUACUUCAAGCUUCGAGGUCGUACCCUUUACUAUGCUAAGGAUUCAAAGUCUCUAAUAUUUGAUGAAGUUGACCUGUCUGAUGCCAGCGUGGCUGAGUCGAGCACAAAAAAUGUCAACAACAGCUUCACGAUAAUCACUCCGUUUAGGAGGCUGAUACUGUGUGCUGAGAACAGAAAAGAAAUGGAGGACUGGAUAAGCUCUCUGAAGUCCGUACAGUCCCGGGAACACUAUGAGACGGCACAGUUUAAUGUGGAACAUUUCUCAGGGAUGCAUAACUGGUACGCCUGCUCCCAUGCCCGACCCACCUUCUGCAACGUGUGCAGAGAGAGCCUCUCUGGAGUCACUUCUCACGGCCUGUCCUGCGAAGUGUGUAAGUUUAAAGCACAUAAAAGAUGCGCUGUCAGAGCAACAAAUAACUGCAAAUGGACUACAUUAGCCUCCAUUGGAAAAGAUAUCAUAGAAGAUGAAGAUGGUAUAGCUAUGCCUCACCAAUGGUUAGAGGGUAAUUUGCCCGUCAGUGCCAAAUGCGCAGUCUGCGACAAGACCUGUGGCAGUGUUUUACGCCUACAAGAUUGGAAGUGCCUUUGGUGUAAAGCUAUGGUUCACACUGCAUGUAAGGACCUGUACCCUCGUAAAUGUCCACUUGGCCAAUGUAAGGUAUCGAUCAUACCUCCAACAGCACUAAACAGUAUAGACUCUGAUGGUUUCUGGAAAGCCACAUGCCCGCCAUCCUGUGCCAGUCCUCUUUUAGUUUUUGUUAACUCAAAGAGUGGAGACAAUCAGGGAGUAAAGUUUCUUCGUCGAUUCAAACAGUCGUUAAAUCCAGCUCAGGUGUUCGAUUUAAUGAAUGGAGGACCUCACUUAGGUUUGCGGCUAUUUCAGAAGUUUGACAACUUCCGGAUUCUUGUAUGUGGUGGAGAUGGAAGUGUGGGUUGGGUGUUGUCAGAAAUCGAUAAACUCAGCUUGCACAAACAGUGUCAGUUAGGAGUGUUACCCCUUGGUACUGGAAAUGACCUUGCUCGUGUCCUUGGUUGGGGAGGAUCCUGUGAUGAUGAUACGCAGCUUCCUCAGAUUUUGGAGAAAUUGGAGCGAGCCAGCACAAAAAUGUUAGACAGGUGGAGUAUAAUGUCAUAUGAACUAAAAUUACCAGCAAAGCCUUCAAUUCCUUCAGUCACUGUUGAAGAAGAGUCAGAGGAAUGCCAGAUCUCGGCUUAUGAGGAUUCAGUUGCUGCUCAUCUUGCGAAAAUUCUCAAUUCUGAUCAGCACUCAGUUGUCAUAUCUUCUGCCAAAAUAUUGUGUGAAACUGUAAAGGACUUUGUUGCCAAAAUAGGGAAGACUUACGAAAAACCAGUGGAAAAUGCAGAUGAAGCUGAUGCCAUGGCCAUUAAAUGUUCAGAGCUAAAUGAAAAGCUCGACCUGUUGCUCCAAGCGCUUCACACAGAAGCCCAGGCUGCUCCUAUUCUCCCAGGCGUCACUCCCCCCAUUGUUGAAGAAGAAGGAGAGGAGUUUUCAAGUGAGGAAUCCUUGUCUGAAAGUAAAGAGCAAUUAGUGGAAUGUGUUGCAAAGUCUUCCACCCAGAAACUCUUCAAACCAAGAGAACAGUUGAUGCUCCGGGCAAACAGCUUAAAGAAGGCUGUGAGGCAGAUCAUUGAACAAGCUGAAAAAGUUGUGGAUGAGCAGAAUGCUCAUAGUGAAGAACAAGUGAACCAGUCCCCUGUAGAAUACAGCAAGGAGUUGGAUGAAUCCAAAGAAGAGGAAAAAGAGGAAGAUACAAAGGAAUAUGAAUCCCAGACAAGUAAAACUGCACCAAGAUCUCCUGAUCGACGUACAAGUCGAGGUAUCCAUUCUCAGACAGGCUCUUUCUCUGCGCCAGCUUUGGCUGCCAGCAAAGAGAACCUCCCUGUCCUUAACACUAGGAUUAUCUGCCCAGGUUUAAGGGCUGGCCUAGCUGCUUCUAUUGCAGGAAGUUCAAUUAUUAGCAAAAUGUUAUUGGCUAACAUUGAUCCAUUUGGUGCUACACCAUUUAUUGACCCGGAUCCAGAUUCAUUGGAGGGAUAUUCAGAAAAAUGUGUCAUGAACAACUAUUUUGGAAUUGGGUUAGAUGCAAAAAUUUCACUUGAAUUUAAUAACAAGCGAGAAGAGCAUCCUGAAAAAUGCAGAAGUCGGACAAAAAACAUGAUGUGGUAUGGAGUUCUUGGCACAAAAGAGUUACUGCAGAGAACUUACAAGAACUUAGAACAAAAAGUUCAACUCGAGUGUGAUGGACAGUACAUCCCUCUUCCAAGCCUGCAGGGCAUAGCUGUGCUAAACAUUCCCAGCUAUGCUGGUGGGACCAAUUUCUGGGGAGGAACCAAGGAAGAUGAUAUAUUUGGGGCCCCAUCUUUUGAUGAUAAAAUCCUAGAAGUUGUGGCCGUAUUUGGUAGCAUGCAGAUGGCAGUUUCAAGAGUUAUCAAACUGCAGCACCACCGGAUAGCUCAGUGUCGGUCAGUGAAGAUCACCAUACUUGGUGAUGAAGGGGUUCCAGUGCAAGUCGAUGGAGAGGCAUGGAUCCAGCCCCCGGGAGUUAUUAAAAUUGUACAUAAAAACAGAGCUCAGAUGCUAACACGAGACAGAGCCUUUGAAAACACCCUGAAGUCUUGGGAAGACAAACAAAAGUACGAUUCCUGCAAAUCUGUCAUUCGAUCUCCCUUAUACCCUCAACAGGCUGUUGAGUUGGCUACAGAAGAAGAAGUCACACAGGUCCAGCUGUGCUCACAAGCUGCAGAAGAGCUUAUUACAAGAAUCUGUGAAGCAGCAAAAAUACAUGGCCUCUUGGAGCAGGAGCUUGCUCAUGCUGUUAAUGCGUGUUCACAUGCAUUAAAUAAAGCCAACCCAAGGUUUCCUGAGAGCCUAACCAGAAACACUGCCAUGGAGAUAGCUGUCAACGUGAAGGCCUUACAUAAUGAAACUGAAUCUCUGCUAGUAGGAAGAGUUCCUUUGCAGUUGGAAGCUCCCCAUGAAGAGCUGUUGUCUGAUGCUUUGCACAGCGUGGAAACAGAGUUGAGAAAACUUGCUGAGAUACCUUGGCUUUAUUAUGUUUUUCAGCCAAAUGAUGAUGAGGAUCCCCCUCUGGAUUAUGCUAAAAGAAACAACAGAAGUACAGUGUUUCGCAUAGUGCCAAAGUUUAAAAAAGAAAAAGUUCAGAAGCAUAAGACCAGCCCUCAGCCUGUUCAAAAAUGGGGCACAGAUGAAGUUGCUGCUUGGCUGGAUCUGCUCAGUUUGGGAGAGUACAAAGAAAUCUUCAUCAGCCAUGACAUCCGAGGCUCUGAGCUUUUACAUCUGGAAAGGCGAGAUCUUAAGGACCUGGGGAUAACGAAAGUGGGUCAUAUGAAGCGAAUUCUCCAGGGAAUUAAGGAGCUCAGCAAGAACACCCCUUUGUCUGAAGUGUAAUUGUGCUGGUGCUCUCAGAAGAAAGGGAACAUUGCUGGAGAAGCGAAGCCGUUGCAGGCACUUGGCUGUCUUUGUAGUUUACUGUAUGGAAGAAUAAGCGCUAGCGUGUUCGUACAGGCUAGCAUUGCCCAGUACUUGUGUGGCGAAGAGCUUGUUGCAAGAGCAUAAGAGAAUUUGUGCCAAAAGAAAAAAAAAAGAAAUGGUUAUGCAUUCUGUGAAGGAGUUUUCUUGGUGUUCACACUUGGCCAGUUCAGAUAAGCACAUUUUGGUAAAUCAGUUGAUGGUGAACUGCACUGACUGGAAAAUAUAUCAAGAAACGAUCGCUUUGCUUACAUGCAGCUCAGUAUGCCUCUCUCUUACAACGCAGCAAGAUGCCGCCGUACAGCACGAGGUUGUCUGGUUGCCCUUCCUGUGCACAGAUCCCCUACAGCUUCCUGUGCAGGAGCCUGAGAGGUGGCCGCUUCCGAGGUUCCACACGCGGGUCUGGCAAUGCCUCAGGUACCAGGCGCUCACGGGCCACGCAGGAUGGGGAAAGAUACCUUCUUGUACUCUGAAUGCCAACUAUAAUGCAUGGUGUGCCUGCCUGACUUGUCUGUCAUUCCGUUGCAUGACAUAUCUGAUACUUUAAACACUUGAACAACUUUUAUAUCGGUUUGAAUGAGAAUUAAUUUAUUACUACUUGAGUGUCCUUUUUCGGUUCCAGGCACUUUUCUAUUCUUCAGUGUUGUGUUAUUCCUAAAUGAGUUCUAUGGCAAAGGAUGUGUGGGUGUGGAAACUUGAGCAUUUGUGCCAUAUUCAGCAAGUUGUAUGCAUUAUAUAUGAUUGGGACGUUGUACAGUUAGAUUUUUAAAUAUACCAUGUAAAGAAGGUGUAUCAGGUAACUAACUUAUGAGUAUUUUUGAAAGAUCAGUACCUCACAAAAAUAUCAGUUGGCUUCCUGCAUGGAAAAUGAUAAGGAAUUUUCUCAUGGUGCAUUAAAUGUAGUUAUCCAGUUAUCUUAAACAUCCGUAGCAUAUCGGAGCUUUUAGGAACUAAUGGUUUUAUUUAUUCUGCUGUGAAAAAAGCAGGUUGAAAGAUUAACGAAAAUUUCUUACAGGAAAAUUCGAUUUAUUUAUCACACAUAAAUAAGGAAAGUGUUAAAAUGUAGCAGCUGAUUUGAUUUUUGUGGGGUCAGCUUAUACUCAUUACUAAUAUACUGUUAAUUUAAAAAAUUGUCUGUAUGCAUUUCUUUACAGAGGCAUCAAUUUGUUCGUCAGCACUCCUACAUCAGUAGAUCAUAAAAAAAUUAAGAGAAUCUGAAGUUUUACACUAUGCAUGCAAAUACGAUUCACAUGCAAACUAGUAAUCUGUGAGUGUUAUAAGGUUAAAAAUGAAAGCCAUCUUUGUUUAGUAAUUGCAUUAGACUAGAGUUUAUAAGGCUAUUUACAAUUUACUUAAACAAAACAUAGCUUCAUAAUUGAAUUUCUGGUUAAUUUCUCACAAAGUAUUAAUCUAGUAGAAAAAUAACAUACAUAAUAUCUAGGGGUUAAGACACACAGAACCUGCUUCAGUGGCUGAGAUGAGAUGAUACUGCAUCACAUGCCAGAGAACUUGCACAGAACUGCUUGUCUUGCUGUUCUGAUCAGUGCAGCUUUCCCACCCCAGGAACUCUUGAUUUAUGCUUUAUUGAGUAUCUUUGUCAAUUCUUACAAGUUAACAACCAUGUUAAUAUCUAUUUCUGUUUUCCUAGUAGACAGCAGAGUAAGGUUUCAUUUGUUUUGCCGAAAGCUUUUCCUUACUUAAAGGGGACAACGCCAAGUACCACAGCCAGAUUUUGUCCUCCAUUUCUCAGGAGGAUGGUGAGAUUCAUCCCUUGGGAAGUCAGAUGUGCUCCCCUCAUUGUUCUAUUGCAAGUAAAGUUAAAAAGGAGGAAGGCAAGCUUUGUUUAUAUCCAUUUAUAGUACUGCCCGUUCUUGCUGCUGUAGGUUAAACCGUCACCGCUCUGGGAGCUUUGUGGACAUAAUUCAUUGUUCUGGUCAACAAACAAAAGUAAAAGGCAAUGCUCCAUUAGUUUUUUGGUUCAGAAAGAAACAAAAGCCAUUCACCAAGUGACAUUAUUUUCAUGCUGUUGUAUUAAAAGCAUAUGCAAACAAUGGAAAGGUUUUUUCUUUCGUGUACUUGACGUUGACCCCUUUAAUGAUGACCAAAUGUCAUCUGCCGAGUCUUCACAAGUUACGUGUCCUUUUCUCUUUGUUUCCUUGUAAGCUAAGCUAUAUUUUAAUGUGUGGCACAAUUCUGAUGUGUCAGUGUUGUGGUUGAUGAUGUAGUUAGUCCACCUGGUCAAGUUGAGGACAUAAUUCAUGAUAUUAUUUUCUUUGCUUUCCUGAUUCACUCUCCCCAUAGCUUUCAGUCUUGCUAUCUGCACUGCAGUAAGAUGGGCUCUGGAACAGGAUUGAGUUAAGGCCAUGUGAUGACAGCUAUAAAGGCCUACACAGUAUAAAAAAAAAAAGGAGAUGCUUUUAGGCAGGAAGAAUGACAAAGUGUUGUUUUGGAAUGCAGCUUUCUUAUGACACUCUUCAAAUUGCCUCAGUGUAGGACAACUUGUCUUUACGAAGUUCCAUUAUUUUAAAUGAUCACCAAAGAAUUCAAUUUUGAUUGUCCUAAAGCAGAGGGUUUUUUUAAAAAGUGCAAGUAGAAAAAGUAGUUUAGGCAACAGUUAUGUUUUAUAUAAUAGAUGUUCGAGAGAGCACGUUUCAUACAACUCUAUGCCUUAGAAUAGUUUUGAAUAUCAGUUCCAAAUGCGUUGGACAAGGAGGCUCAAACUAUCUCACAGGAUUUCUCUUUUGAGGUCGUGUUUUGUAUCUGUGUUACGAGAUGUGGCUUUUGUCAAGGUUGAUUUUCGAAUGCAAUGUUGCUAUCUCGUGAUUAUUGUAGAUUUACAAGUAUGGUUUUUUUCCCUACUGCUUUCAAAGUCCCAGCUCCCAGAACUGAGGACACACACAGUUUCAUUUUUAACACACCGAAUUCUUUAUAAUUUAAUCUCGAUGCUUAAAGCACUUCAAAGCAUACUUUCUAACAUUUCAUAGAAUCAUCAUAGAAUCAUAGAAUG